CUGUAUCAUUGUAAGCAGUACUGGAUAUCAUAAAGUCAACACCACACUCACUUGACUUCUGACUUUGAACCUUUCUAGGUACCUAGCUACCGUCAAGUAUCCAAAGUGCCGAGUUCAAAUCAACUUCGUCUAUCCAGAUCCUUCUUUUCCAAGAUGCAAUAGAAGAAGACUCUCGAACUCUAGAUACCCAAUACCCAAACAUAUAUAUCUAGGUAUAUAAAGAAGACAAUAUGAGUUUUGGAACUUCUGUUUUGUCGAAACUACGACUUGGUGAAGGCGGCAUGUCUACUCUCCUACCACUACACACCUCCCCACCACCGCACCCGGCGGAAGAACACGACCUCGCCGAACUCUCUCCCAGGGCCGAAGAUGCGCUUCUCUCGCCAGGUUUCUCCCGCGACGUGACUCCUGACAGUUCCGCCCCUGAUAACCAGAGAAAUGAUCGCAACACUGCGCGCUCGAAGGGAAAGGGCAAAGCCAUCGCCUUUGCCUACCAAGACCGCCCGGUGUAUUCGAAAUCUAGACCCCCUAACUCGGUAGACGACUUCAAUUUUGCGAUAGGUGGAAACCCGAAAGACCUCAAGGUGCCGCCCGGCAUUUGGCGGCCGAAGAUUCGCCCCGAACAGCGCGAUAGCAACCAUGCAGCUACCAGCGCUCCAACUUCUUUAGUCGAAAGCAUCUUCUUAGGUCGAUCUAACCGAGCCGAUCGAUCGUCAGACCGUAUGAUACGCUCCGAAGUCGAUAAUACUUUCAAGUUUAUACAGAGACGAGAACGUCAGAUGCACAAAGAGCUUCAGAGGUUACUAGACGCCCAAGGCGCUGCGCUAGAACGUGAGCUUGCAGGAGAGGACCCAAGCAAGGCCUCGUCCGAGAGUAGCAGCAAGCGAGGACUGUCUCCAGACUCGGCAACGUCAACUGUGCAGUCACAUCUGGCUGAGGGUUCCGUCGUUCCUGUUCGCCAACCUAAAAGAAAACCCAUGUCCAAACGACAGGCUCGUAACAGUAUAGCGCGCUCCGUCACGAUGUUGGCCGACCUGAAAAACGAGGAGGACGCAUAUAUCGCCGCCGCGUUAGCUGAUCGCAAAAAGGCCUUAUCUAAAUUGCGUAACUUAUCGUCCCAACGCAAAUCUAUUACGGCCGAGAUGAAGGCUUUGGAGGAAGAUAACGACCUGCCAAUCAAAACCGAAAUAGCGGCGAUGGAAGAUCAACACCGCAUAGUUUCUUCUAAUAUCGAAAAGCUAGAGGAAAAGCUCCGAGUCUUGAAAAGAACUAAGGUUGACUUGGAACGUAGGCUCGAAGAGGCGAAGAGUACUCGGGACUCUAGCCUCAGUGGUUAUAAGGGCGCCUUAAAGCAAUGCGAUCAAGGAAUCGCUAACCUUAUGAAAUAUCCAGGCAUACAAGUACUAGAGGUUGAGGACUUGAAGGAGCAAGGAGGCGAGGACUUCAUUGCGCUUAUGGCGAAACACAUGUCGGGCGUUGAGUUCCUUUCGCUACGGCCGGAAAGGAGAACAGCUGAAAUGGCUAAGGACUGGUGGGAAGGCGAAGUUGCUAUCCUGGAAAAGCGCAAAGCCGCCGUUGACAAGGAACGGGCCGCCUUAGAAGAAGGCAAUGAGAUUUGGCAGCGAGUGCUGACUCUUCUCGUCGAUUUCGAGACCCGAUUGAAUGAGUCGCUUCAAGUCGUUACGAAACAACGCAACUUCGAAUCAAGCGACCCAGGAUCUAUCCUACGGGAUCAGUAUAAGGAACUCCAGAAAACACUUCGCGAACUGGAGAAGCUACAAGACUAUGUGGAGACCCAAGGAUGGAAUCUCUUGAUCGCGGCUAUCGGUGCCGAGCUUGCGCAUUUUAUCGGGCUCCAGGAGUUCCUGGCAGAGGUCAUCCGCAGCUCCGGAUACGACGACGGAACACUCACGCCACACACACCAGACGGUACCGACCUCGUCGACGUCCGCGAGAACGACCCGCUGGGCGCAGAAGCGCGGACGAAGUCGCCGGAAGAGGAUGAGGAGCUGAGCCGUAGCGUGGUCCGGCGCUGGGACGGCGUCGACGAGCAGCAGCCCCGCAACAGCCCGCCGGCAGAUCUCCUAGGCGCCGAGCAACACCGCGAAGAAAGCGACAACGAGGUGCCGCCCGGGCUCUUCAGCGAGCCCCGCCACAACGAGAGCGAAGAUGAGAGCCACAAUGACAUCCCGGCCGAAUUCCUGUCUAUGCACAGCCCCACGCGAGGCCGGGACAGCCACCUAAGAAGAGAGAGUAGCGAGACGGAUAACGCGGUCCCGCCGGACUUGUUGGCGGAGACGCGGAGAGAUGACGACGAUGCUGUCGAUUAGGUCAUCGGUCGGCUUCUGAAGUAUAUGUAGGUGGUAUGUGGAUAUCCUAAUUGGUGUUUAAAGCGUUUUGGGCCUUGGGGGCAUAGCGAAGUGCAUGCUUUGAUAGGGCUUUGGGCGGAAGUUUUGUUCGCCUGCGUGAGGGCUUGGUAUACGGGGGCGGAGUUUAGGAUUACUGAGGACGCUAUAGGUUUGCCACGGUUGCGUUCUUUGGUACAUAUAUAAGGCGUUACAUGGAACAUGCGUAGUUUAUGAACAAUCCAUGAUUCUAAUACGAAUACUCAUAUCCCCGAAGAAGAUUGUAUGCUACGAAACGACUCCUUAGUGAAAUACGAAGCACAGUUAAUGGUCACUCAUCAAUAGAUC